AUGGGCAGCGGUGCGCCACCGCUAGAGAUCGCGCAGAGCUAUCGCGAUGAUGGUUUCCAGAGCCAGUUCAACGAAGACCAACGCAUCUCUUCGGAUACAACUUAUGAUGAGGCCUUUACGUCAAGGUUGCUACCGCAGUCCCAUUAUCCAGCCCCUGCACCGACGGACUUCGAUUUCGAGGCUCAGUUCUCGUCUUGGCUUAUCAACAAUGACUUCGAUAAUUAUGCGUUCGAUUCGCAUCUCCUUACCUCAAUGGUCGAAUUGGGUCCUGCGUGGCCUGAAAAUCCCCCGGGUACGCAGAUAUUCGAACGUUUGCACAAGGCUAUCCUCGCAAACUGGGAACGGCUGAUGGCAAGAGGUCCGGAGGAAGUGGUUUCCAUGGUACAAGCCGCCCUCAUUGGACAGACUUUUGGUCUCCUUUCGGGUGACGCAAGGCACUUGGCGAUCAUGGAUGCCUUCCAUGGCACUGUCAUUUCGUGGGCCAGAAGAAGCAAGAUGUUCGACACUAGACAUACGAUUCAACUUGAGCCUGGCCUCAGCGGCCAGGAUCUCGACUACAGGUGGCAGGAGUGGGCCCGAACAGAGGAGCUCAUCCGAAUCACACUCGGUCUUUACAUACACGAUGCUGAACUAGCAAAAGGCAUAUCUGUUACCAUAAUUGAAGCGAGGAUGAGUGGAUCGCUAAGUGGGUCGCUUAUCAAAACAAUCCAGGACUUGCUGCUGAAUUUCCAUGAGCGACUCCUGCCCAGUGCCACUUCACCGCAUCCCGACCACCUAGGCAUGAGGAUCCUCUGGCAUCUUACGUUCAUGUCCCUUUUCUCAGAUUUCGACCUCCUCGAGAAAGCCAUUGGUCGAGAGGGUCCAAAUUUCACAAACGAAGAGCACAACAGAAUCAGCGAGUGGGCAAAUUCGGCGCCGGCGAAGCGAUGCGUGGCUCACGGUCUGCUAAUCCAGAAGCGACUCGAAAUCUUUUCCCUAGGAUUUGAGCCUGCACUCCAUGUGCCACGCGCGAUGUUCCUCGCAGCUGUGUGCUUCUUCUGCUACUCUAAAUUCGGCACCCACGACGAUGCAACCUUUGAAAGCUUGGAUUUUCCGGAGUUCAAAUUGCUUGGAACUAACACGGCAUCGCUUCUAUUUGAAGCAAACGGGUACAGAUACGGCCGGCCAGCGGCCAUUGAGGCUAAUGGCCUUCUUUGUGGACUCACUGAUCUUCUGCAACGCAUUGGUCACUGGGAGAUUGCACGCAAGUUUGCUUCGAUCUUGGGCGCUCUAAUAAACAACGAAUCCAAUUGA